CUGAUGCUUUGACACUCUUCCUUAGCACAACUCUGCUAAACCCAAAUCCCUUUUGUAAACCUUUAUGUUGAUGAUCCACAUGGGGCAGCGGGGAAUUACAGGUGCCACAAAUAAAAAUAGGAGAGGGCAAGGAAUUUGAGACCUGUUAGAGGGGGUGAGCUGAGGUGAACUGAUCCUAGGUGAGCAGAGAGGAAAGGUAUGUCAGUGAUUAUGAAUGUAACUGGGGAAAGGGGGGAGACUAAUAGCAGAGGCAUCCCUGUUGGGAAGAAUAAGAAGCAGAAGAAGGGAGAGGGGCACUGUUUUCCAUUUCAGUAUUUCAAGAAGCUAGUUGUUAAAAAUUGCUUUUCUAUUGAGGACCAGUAUUGAAGCAUCCUGAUUCCCUCUAGAGUACUUGUAUCUUUUCUAACGUUAUGGUUAACUGGAUUAUAUAAUUUAAAAAUAAUACAGUGGUGUUUUCUGUAUCUACAUCCUUAUGAUGUUUCUAGGUUGUUUAUUCUCUGUUGAUGCUUAGUAGCAUGAUGAAAAACUGAGCAGUUUGUGCUCUCUGAGUUUCGGGGUUGGGGGUUUGUUUUUGUUUUUUCUUUUGGUGGAAGUACUUAAACCAACUUAAAUAUGAUGACUGAGGAUUAAGUCUGGCAGGCAACUCUUUGUAUUUUGUAUUAGACUUCAAAAUCUUUUCUUCUUCUUCUUCUUUUUUUUUUUUUUAAAUCCAGGAGAAUGCUUUAUUGCAACUUUUAGCUGACUAGAUGCUUAACUUAGUAACAAGUUUAGCCCUUGUAACUGGCUAGCUAAAAGCAAAUCGGCUUGUUUCUCAGAUCUUUGGGGGAUAGCAAGAAACAUUUGAGUGAAUGUUGUUGAAGAUUUUCAGUAGUAUAGAAAAUGAUGGCGCUCUUGUGAUAUUUGUAAGUACAAGCAAGGAUUUGGCACAGACAUCCUAUUUCAUGGCUACCAACAGUCUGCAUCUUACAACCUUCUGUCUUCAGUAUAAACCAACAGUGAUAGCAUGUGUAUGCAUUCAUUUGGCUUGCAAAUGGUCCAAUUGGGAGAUUCCCGUGUCAACUGAUGGAAAACAUUGGUGGGAAUAUGUGGAUCCUACAGUUACUCUGGAAUUACUAGAUGAGCUAACACAUGAGUUUCUACAAAUAUUGGAGAAAACGCCUAGUAGGUUGAAGAGGAUUCGAAACUGGAGGGCUAAUCAGGCGGCUAAGAAACCAAAAGUAGAUGGACAAGUAUCAGAAACACCACUUCUUGGUUCAUCUUUGGUCCAGAAUUCCAUUUUAGUAGAUAGUGUUACUGGUGUGCCUACCAACCCAAGUUUUCAGAAACCAUCUACAUCAACAUUCCCUGCACCAGUACCUCUAAAUUCAGGAAAUAUUUCUGUUCAAGACAGCCAUGCAUCUGAUAAUUUGUCAGUGCUAGCAACAGGAAUGCCAAGUACCUCAUAUGGUUUGUCAUCACACCAAGAAUGGCCUCAACAUCAAGAGUCGGCAAGGACAGAACAGAUAUAUUCACAGAAACAGGAGACAUCUUUGUCUGGUAGCCAGUACAGCAUCAACUUCCAGCAGGGACCUUCUGUAUCACUGCAUUCAGGACUACAUCACAGACCUGACAAAAUUUCUGACCAUUCUAAUAUUAAGCAAGAUUAUACUCAUAAAGCAGGAAGCAGUAAACACCAUGGGCCAAGUUCUGCUACUCCUGGAGUAAUUCCUCAGAAAAUGUCUUUAGAUAAAUACAGAGAAAAACGUAAGCUAGAAACCCUUGAUCUGGAUGCAAGGGAUCAUUAUAUAGCUGCCCAGGUAGAACAGCAACACAAACAUGUACAGUCCCAGGCAGCCAGCAGCAGUUCUGUAACCUCUCCCAUUAAAAUGAAAAUUCCCAUUACAAAUGCUGAAAAACCUGAAAAAUAUAUGGCAGAUAAGAAGGAAAAGAGUGGAUCACUGAAAUUACGGAUUCCAAUACCACCCACUGAUAAAAGUGUCAGUAAAGAAGAACUGAAAAUGAAGAUAAAAGUUUCUUCCUCAGAAAGACACAGCUCUUCUGAUGAAGGCAGUGGGAAGAGCAAGCAUUCCAGCCCGCAUAUUAGCAGGGACCAUAAGGAGAAGCACAAGGAGCAUCCUUCCAACCGCCACCACCCCAGCAGUCACAAGUAUUCCCACUCAUACAGUGGCAGCAGCAGUGGUGGCAGCAAGCACAGUGCUGAUGGGAUACCACCCGCUGUUCUGAGGAGUCCUGUUGGCCUGAGCAGUGAUGGCAUUUCCUCUAGUUCCAGCUCUUCAAGGAAGAAGCUGCAUAUCAAUGAUGCAUCUCACAACCAUCACUCCAAAAUGAGCAAAAGUUCCAAAAGUUCAGGUAGUUCAUCUAGUUCUUCCUCCUCUGUUAAGCAGUAUGUAUCCUCUCACAACUCUGUUUUUAACCAUCCCUUACCCCCUCCUCCCCCUGUCACAUACCAGGUGGGCUACGGACAUCUCAGCACCCUCGUGAAACUGGACAAGAAGCCAGUGGAGACCAACGGUCCUGAUGUCAAUCACGAGUACAGUACAAACAGCCAGCAUAUGGACUACAAAGACACAUUCGACAUGCUGGACUCGCUGUUAAGUGCCCAAGGAAUGAACAUGUAAUCAUUUGUUUAGGUCAAUUUUUCCUUUACUUUUUUAAUUUAAAAAUUGUUAGAAUGGAAAACUUCCUCCUGAUCUAGCAGUGGUAACACCUGCUGUUACUGCCACUGCUUCAAUAUUUGUAAGUGCUGCUUUAUUCUUCAUUCUGAAAAGAAGAGAUUAUAGUAAACAAGUCUUUAUCUCCACAUAUGAUAGUGUUAUAAAUACUGUAAAAGCAUGGAAGGUGCAAAACUCAGUAUUUCUACAAUUGCAGCUAAGAACAUUAGGGUGAAUGGCUGGCUGCUUCUAGGAAUAUAAGAUGCCUCAAGCAUUCGUUUAUUUAUAAUUUGAAUACUGUAGCUAUUUUUUGUUGUUGCUUGGCUUUUGAAUGAGUGUAAAUUGUUUUCUUUUGUGUAUUUAUACUCGUAUGUAUGAUUUGCAUGUUUCAAUGAUAAAGGGAUAAAACAGUAUACUGACAACUGUUUACAAGAAAGUGGAGAAAAAUGUACAUACAUUUUUGUAUGUUUAGAUAUUACCAUAAAUACUCAGGAUUGGAGCUGCUUGUAAGUAUAACAAUAUACAGAAUAACUUUAUUUUAUCUUGUCAGAGUCCAUCACUAAUCUAAAACAAAGGUGGCACUUUUUCAUGUUAACCUUAAACUCUAGGCCUUACUGGAAGCCACUGAAGGGGGACACUUCACUACCAGAUGGGUAUGCAGUGCCACAGAUGGUCAUUUACACUGUGAGGCACUGAUUCUGCCUUCAGAGGUUCUGACCAGAUUGGCUGCUGAAAUAGCCCCUAAUUUUCUGAAGGCUUGAAGAGGAAAAAAUAAAGUUUACAUACUCUUGAUGUGAAGUGCAUUUAAGUGUUUGUUGGCUUGUUGCAGUACUAUAAACACAGAGCUGUUAAUAAUGGUUAUGUAGAUUACUGUGAUUUGAAAACUAAAUUCACAGAAACUUACAUUAGUGAAGAAUUAGUAAGUCUUUUUCUUAAAUAGAGAACUUUAACACUACGUAUUUUAACAGUAAACAGGAAUCGCUUUUCCUUUAGCGUUCAGAAGGACACCAUGUUCUUAAACAUACUCCUCCCCUGAAGCGUGUUUGUGUGUGAUGCCAUAUUUCUUUUUCAGGUAAAUGCAGUCUUCCUUAUAAAAAUGAAAUUAAACUUAUUGCUCUUUCAGUUCUUUUAUAUUCUAACAAUAAAUAAAACAAAAAGAUCACUGACUGUGCAUUGUACCUGUAUUUAUAGCUUAUGGUUGUUAACAGGAAGCUCACUGAGAAAAAAAAAAGGUAAGCCUCCAGGUAAACAGCUAGUGGAGGUUUUACAUUUGUUUGCACAUCUCAGUAUAUUCCUGUUGAAGUCAAGUUUGCACAGUCUUCUGACUUCGGAACAAACAAUAGACUUUAACUUGUUUAAAAUUUGUCUUAAAUGCCGGUAACAUGGCUCUGGUUUAUCAGCUAAUCUUCAAUUCUGUGGUAAAUCUUUGGGCUGUUGAGUAUCUUUGAGAUAGGUUGAAUUCAACUUCUGUUGAAUUGAAAACUGUCUUAAUUUUUCCUCUAUGUAUAUGAAUUAUUUUUGUUACAAAGCCACUGAUAUGUGCACAAUUGUAAUUUUACUCAAGUAUGUUGCAGUUGUAAAUAUUAGAGAGUUUAAUCUCGUGCUCUACUCUUAUUUAGCAAUUACCUGAUUUGCCAGUAGCUUUAUAAUUUUUUUUUUUAAGAUAAUUGUUCAUUAUUUUGUCAAUGUUAUUUGAACUUAGGAUACUAGGAUCCUCUUUCUAGGGACUUUGCCUAGCUAGCAUGUCCUAACUUUGUUCUUGUCUGGCAUAACUUUAGUAAUCUUUGUCAUUACAUGUAACUUUGUUACUCUGUAUGACAUAUUAUUGUAUCCAUAAACAUGGUAAUUUUGAUACAGUUAUACUUUUACAGUGGUACAUAAUCCAAGGACUAGUAUAGAAUUAAGAUGAGUGCAAGAUGAGGGAGGGAAGGGUUUUGUUCUUGGUAAUUUAGAUGUGAAACCUCUAAGGAGCUAUCAUGUGAAACGACGUAGGGUGAUUGUGCUACUGUAUAAUUGGGGUGAUAAUACCAGGAAUUUUAAUAAGAUUUUGUAAAGAAUAUCCAGAAAAGUAGUGAACUUAUUUUCAGUAUGACAUAGAAAACAAUGUGAAUAUUUAAGGUCUGUGACUAUACUUCACUAAGAAUUUGCAGAAUUGUUUUGAGAUGUGAGAAUAAAGGUAAUUUUGUUGAAUCUUUAUUGGUGCUAAUGAUGGACAGUUAAAAAGGUAGCUAGUGUAUAUUGUUAUGGGUCAGUACUUAUUAGUACUUCCAAAAUCGAAUUUGAAAUGCUAUGUAUUCACUUUUCACUCUGUAAAUGUAAUUCUUUACAAUGACUUUAUUUAUUAAAGGGCAGCCAGUUGUAAUUUUUACAGGAUUGUGUGAGCUAUUCAAACUCUUAAACCUCUGAACAGGAUAUUAGCUUCCGUAAACCACAAUGGGGAUAAAAUAUGGAAUUUCUUUUAAGUUUCGUUUCCAUUAAAUGAGAACCCUUAUAAUUCAUAUUGCCAUGAAUUUAACCAUCUCAUUUGCAUAAAGUAGUUCAUCAGCCUGGUCCCAAUAGGCUCAACCAAAGAAAAAGACUCCAAUGAAUGGACAUUAUUACUGAGUCUUCUUGUAAGUAGCCAUAAAUAAACCAAAAUAGUAUCAAAUUUAGAUAUGAAAUUCCACAUGUGCAAAGUACUGUUAAGGUGAUACAUUUUUGAUGAGAUUUUUAAAAAUAUUUGAACUAUUAAAAAGCAUUAUCUUUAAACAUCCUAUAAAA